AUGGCUGCUCCGAACGCUGACGCGCAAGCGUCCGGCUUGGCUGAUGGCCUAAACCCAGCGCACACCUAUAUCCCCAACCAGGGAUAUGUCAACCCCGACGGCUCCCUCCCCGCUAUGGCGGGGCAAGACUCUGCGGCACAACAAAACGAAGACGAAGAGGAUGACUACUACGAUGAUAUCUUCGAAGAAGAACUCGAUGAAGAAGACUUCACUUCGUCCAACCCCGCCGAUCUAACGAAAUCCUACAAUCGCCAGCGCAAAACGAACGAGCUCUCUGCGGACCCCAACACUCCCAAGUGGACCUUACCGAAGACGAACACCCAGAAACCGUCUGUCAACACUCGCGCCUCCGUCGACGAUCAAGUGAAGUCAUUGACGAAGCAUGCUGGCAAGAUCAAGUUGGACGAUAUGCAGUCAGGCAUGGCGACCCGCGGUGAUCGGGGUGGCGACAGGGCGGACCGCGCUACCUCCGAGCAGGUGCUGGAUCCCCGCACACGUAUGAUCCUGCUACAGAUGAUCAACCGAGAGAUUGUCUCCGAGAUUCACGGAUGUCUGUCGACCGGUAAAGAAGCCAACGUCUACUACUCCAUCUCAUACCCCGAUAAUGAGGAGACACCCCUCCACCGUGCCAUCAAGGUCUACAAGACGAGCAUCCUGGUUUUCAAGGACAGAGACAAGUAUGUCACUGGUGAAUUCCGUUUCAGACAAGGAUACAGCAAGAGCAACAACCGGGCAAUGGUCAAGCUGUGGGCGGAAAAGGAAAUGCGUAACUUGCGCCGUAUCUACGCUGCCGGCAUCCCCUGCCCCGAGCCCAUCCACCUGCGCCUCCACGUCCUGGUCAUGGGCUUCGUCGGAAGCUCCAAGGGUGUCGCCGCUCCUAGACUCAAGGACGUUGAGUUCGAUAUCCCCGACCCCGAUGCCAAGUGGCGCGAGAUCUACAUGGAGUUGCUCGGCUACAUGCGCGUGAUGUACCAGACCUGCCACCUGGUCCACGCCGAUCUGAGCGAAUACAACAUGCUUUACCACAAGAACAAGCUCCACAUUAUCGAUGUCAGUCAGAGUGUCGAACACGACCACCCCCGCAGUUUGGAGUUCCUGCGUAUGGAUAUCAAGAACAUCAGCGACUUCUUCCGUCGCAAGAACGUCGAUGUCCUCACCGAACGGGCUGUCUUUGAAUUCGUCAUCUCCAGCGAUGGCCCUACCACCGUCACACCCGCAGAGCCAAUGCUCGAAGCCAUCGAGCACCUCUUUGCCACCCGCAAUGACAACGCCGAGGGCGAUACUGAAGUCGACGCCGCCGUCUUCCGUCAACAAUACAUCCCUCAAACCCUGGAACAGGUGUACGACUUUGAGCGCGACGCCGAGCAAGUCCGUGCCGGUAAGGGCGAUGACCUCGUUUACCGGGAUCUUCUCGCAGGCGAGAAGAAGAAGAAGGCAGAGGGCCACGAUGAGGAUGAAGAGGAAGAAGGUUCCGAGGCUGGCUCUGACGGUGGCGUAUCUGUCGAUGAGGAAUCCGACUCGGAAGACGGAGAAAAAGAUCCUUUCGCGAAGAAGGCGCCCCGCGGUAAGCGUUUCGAAGAUAAGGACGAGAAGCGCGACCACAAGCAAAAGGUCAAGGAGGAGAAACGCGAGAAGCGCGCGAAUAAAAUGCCGAAGCAUAUGAAGAAACGACUCGUUUCUUCGUCUUCGAGAAAGAAGAAAUGAGGGAUGAAGCUGAUUUGAACGCUUAUUUUUUUUUUUAUUUUUUCUUUCUGAUAUGCAUGCAGGCAUUUUUGGAGAUAAUUGGGCUACUAUGGGAAAAACACAAAAGUCGAUCUUAUUUUCUGUUUCGUUUUGGAAUGCACAUGAUCUCAUGAUGUUUUAUGACCUUUCAUUGGGUGGGUAUUGGUUCGUUGGAUGCAUAUAUAUCUUCCAGUUUAUACUAUGAGCAUAUAGAUCUGCAUAUGGGGG